AUUCGUUCUGUUUAUAUUUUAUUCCCGAACUAAAAAUGUCCACAAAUUUGGUUAAUGUACAAUUGACUGGAGAAGGCCCCAACAUCAAAAAUGAGCCUAAUGAUAUAAAUAAAAAGGUACCUCCUGAUGUAAAGAAGGAACAAAAACAAUAUCAACCAAAUUCAUUCUAUAAAAAAAAGAAAAAUCAGAAGAUAAAUAACAUCCAAAAUUUUAAUAAUGCAACCCCAGCCCAGAUUUUCGCUCUGCACCAUGGACCAAACUACUUUGUACCUCCAAAUCUGGCUCAGAAUUUGGGGGGACCAAGUUUAUACACAAUGCCUGGGAUGCACCAAAACAUGGUAUUCAUGGGAUGGGAUGGACAGAAUGCUGCGCUGAAGCCAAAUCCACAAACACUUGGACGCAAAAAGUCUACAAGAAUGUUGCGAAUGCGACAAGAAAUACAGCAACUUGCUGCUGUUACUAACCUGUCAGACAAACAAAGAAUAGCGAGGGAGAUGAGUAUAGUAGACCAAAUGGACUCGGAAGUAAAGAAAUACAAAAAAUUAGUUACGAUUCACACGUCAAUACUACGAAUAACUAAGCCUACUAGAAGAAAGAUGAAAAUGAUACAAGAAAUACAGAAAGCUGCCGCUAAAGCUAACCGGGCAGAAAAAGAGAGAAUAGAGCGGGAAAUGAGUAAAAUUCAAGGAAUGGACUCAUCAAAGGAGUUGCAACAUUUAGCUAUACUUAAGCAGUCAAUAUCCAUAAACAGAAAAUCAACAAUCUUCACAAAAACUGUUGAUUCAGCAGCACUAAAGCAACAAAAACCAGUUAUAACAAUUUUAACAGCACAAACAAACAAUGACAACUUCACACAAGACAUUGUGACACCAGCACAAAGUUUGCAGCAGCAACGUAACCAGUCCCAUGUUGUCAAUCCAAAUAUUUCUGACAUAACCAGAAGAGGGGCGAGAAACAACAAAAAAAAGAACACUGUAAUACAGAAUGUGCAAGUGAUUAACGUCUACAAACCUGGCAGUAGUACGAGCCAGUUCCAAGCCCCGCACCAAGACGAGCCGGAGGACCUAUCAGACGAUCUGGCCCCGCACAUGGGGCAGGCCCAGCAGCAGCCUGCCACUCAAACCCUGCCCUUGACAGCGGAAAAUAAACUAAACUUUAAGUUCCAAAGAACUACCCAAACAAAGACUCCAGACUGGUCCGAGUACCAGAACAAGUUCAAGCGGAUCGGGGGUGCCUCUCCGGACCAAGAGGAUGAAGACUGCCAGGAGGUCAAACAGGAACCCAAUAAGGACCAGUCUAUUAAUACUGGAUACAUGUUCGAAGAAGAUGUUGAGAUGAAGGAACUCCCGACCCACCACAUCAACGUGAAGCAGCUGAAUGUGGCCGUUACCACCGAACCUUACCUCUACCUUAGUGAUGACCAGGUCAAGGAAAUUGAUGAGGCCCUAGUGAACAAAAUCCAGGAUGCCAUCUUCAACCAACAGCUAUCAUACAUCCCAACCUUCCAAGACAUUCCUGUACACAAUUUAGGACAUCUACCACUCAAUUGUCAAGGACCUAAAGACCUAAUUUGGCUGCACGAAACACUUUCAAGCAUACCCUCACCUAUACCAAAUGUCAAUUUAGUGAUCAAACCUCAGAGUGAAAUACCCAACAUGAUAAAAGUCAAACUAUUUGUGCCGAACUUCUCAGGCAAUUUGGAAGAACUGAAAUAUCUUUUGCAGAAGCAAAACCAUUGGUAUGAUUUGAGUACAUGGAUGCUUGUUAAAAGUGAGAAACAAGGAGAUGAUCCUUCAAAUUACACUUUAGAAUAUCGCGUUCCGGAGAUACAAGCUAUGAUUAUUGACAACAGGGAUAGACGUGUAGCUUACUCACUUGGAUCAAUCUUUGCUAUAGUUUCAGACGAUGACACUAUAGAUACUGAAAAGGUUUUCAAAUACCGUAACGCGGCCAUGCAUCUACAAGUAUGUGUCUUAACGGAACCAUUUCGCUACCUGACUGUGUUAGAAGUAGAAAUGAUCAGGCUAGCAUUAGUGUACAAGUUAGAGAAGGAUGUGUAUUCGGAGAGUGGAUAUAUACCAGCUUUUAGAGGCUGUCCGGGGCAUUUUAAAGGCGGCUUGAAGAUUUGGUGUGAAAGCGACCGAGACUUAGGAUGGCUUAGGGAAGCAGUAUUAUCAAUAGUUUCACCGGCUAUUGGAACGAAGCUGAUUAUUAAACAGCAAGGUGCUGUACCGCAGAGAGCUAGAAUGACUGUGUCCAUACCAACCACCGAAGACGGAGCUUUUAUUUUAAAAGUUCUAAAAAGACAGAAUCCUUGGUGUGACGUGGACUCUUGGACGUUGUUUUCAACAUGGCUGGACGCCAAGUCGAAAGGCCUUACGUGUGUAUUUUAUAUACCACAUAAGCACAUACGGCUUAUAAAGGAGAAAUACUGCCGUCUUUCGUUUUUACUUGGCUAUGUAAAGGCUGAUAUUAAAAUAGAAUAAUUUUAACUUAAUGGCUGUGGAUAUUUGUGAGUACUCGUGUUGAAUAUAAACUUAUAAGUUAAGAUAAAUUGCUUUUAAAACAUGGCUACAAUGAAAG